AUGCCUAGUACAAGCGUAAAAUUUCUAUCUCCAUCAUCAGCAGAUGUUCAUAGAGAAAUCUCCCCUACUCACAUACAAAAAAAACAACCAACUUCAGAUGUCAAACAUAAUCCAUGGGAGUUUGAAUAUCCUUGGUCACAAAAUUUAUGUACUUGUAAAACACACUGCGAUGAGACAUGUUAUGCUGUAUGGUGUUAUCCUUGUUUUACUUGUCAACUCGCAUGGCGCAUGAAUGAAUCUUGUUGGGUAACGUGUUGUGUGCCUGGUUCUUUAGCUAUUUUAAGAACAAAAAUAAGAACAGCAUUCCGUAUAGAUGGCUCCUAUGUUGCUGAUUUUUGUGUUGCUGAAUGUUGUCCGUGCUGUGCGGCAUUACAAAUGGCUGGUGAACUACGCCAUCGAAAGGUGAUGCGUUAA